CUUCCUCUUCCUUUCUUUCACUUCCCAACCGGCUAAAAUUCACCGCUCGCCUCUCAUCCUUACCACCGGUCAACGCAAACACAUCAUGGACCAGUCACAAGAGCUCGCUCUCCUUGAGGCCGCCCGCCACCACCUACUCAUGGACGCCGACGAGCCGAGACCGGAUCCGAACGGGCCCUCCGUGGUGACGGCCUACCGCCGGAGCUCUAGCUUCGGGAGAUUCGUCGCCGACGGGUGGUCCGACGGGCUCCCCUUCCGCCUCGACGACUCUGACGACAUGGUCAUCUACGGUGCCCUAAGCGACGCGUUCCACCAUGGCUGGCUCCCCUCCGGCGCCAAGCCGGAGCCCGCCGCCGAGGAGGGGGAGCUGACCCCUAGGCUGCCGCCGCCGGCUGUCCAGGUAUCUCAACAGCAGCAGCAGGUGGCGGCGGCGGCGUCGUUGAGGGCGGUGCCUGCCAAGGGAAAGCACUACCGGGGGGUGCGGCAGCGGCCGUGGGGGAAGUUCGCCGCGGAAAUCAGAGAUCCGGCGAGGAAUGGGGCGAGGGUGUGGCUGGGCACGUUCGAGACGGCGGAGGACGCCGCCCUCGCCUACGACCGCGCCGCCUACCGGAUGCGGGGCUCCCGGGCGCUGCUCAACUUCCCGCUCCGGAUCGGCUCCGAGGAGGCCGCCCCGGCCGUGGCGUCGCCAUCGAAGCGGGCUUCAUCCGAGCCCAGCUCCUCCUCUUCCUCUUCCUCCAUCUCCUCGUCUUCAUACGGCACCUCCUCGUCCUCGUCGUCCUCCGAAAGGGCCUCGCCCAAGAGGCGGAAACGAGGGGAGGCCGAGGCAGCGGCCCCAGCGUCAUCGGCGACUGGCCCGGUUCUUGGUCCGCUUCCCGUUCCGGUUCAGGCGCAGACCGGUCUGGGUUUCGGCAAUAGACCGGAGAUCUUCCCGGCCGGACCAGUCGCUCAGCUGCCACAUGUAGGCCAGCUUUUGGUUAGCUGAAGGCACUACAGUAAGACAGUGGAGGCUGGUGCUCAAAACAAGAGAUCUCACUGUUCCAAGAGAGAAUGUGCGAGUCAUUACUGAAAGCUUUAGGGUACUAGAAAUGAGAGCAUAUGUAAAACGAAGUGUAAGAGAGAGAGAGAGAGAGAGAGAGAGCUGUUUGCUGUUGGAAAAAGGAUAAUAAAAUCAGCUAUGGAGUGUGAUCUCUUGAAUAAUCAAUCAGGGGUUAGGGAUAAGUAUUAUGGUAUGGUGAAGGGAGGGGUUUGUGGUGUGAUUUGUGGAUCAAAAAACUCUACUGUGUAUAAAGAAAUCUAAGCAAUCAAUAAUUACCUUCAUUCUUUCCUUAUAA